CAGCACAGCAUACGAAUCACUUUGUAGUAGGUACAAUUUAGUUAAAUAAAUGCGAAAUGGCUAGUAAUGAUAAAAGAGGUUGGCGAUUGUUUUCUGACUUAAAUAACGCCUUUAGGAGAGACCCAGAGAUAAAUGAAUUUGAUUUUAUCCCUGUUCUUGAACCCAAGAAUAACAGGAGUCCUGUUGUUUUGGUGGAUCACAAACUUGGCUUGGAACUGUGGAGUGUGAAGAUACUCUUCCAAUAUGUAUACCAUACCUUAAUGGGAUGGAGAAAUAAAAAGUCAUAUAAAUUUAUAGAUCCUCAAGAAAUAGCUAUGUUAGCAAGAGCUGUUGUGUUGGUAAACCCAGAAUGUUAUACAGCUUGGAAUGUAAGGAAAGAGUUAAUAGAGUCUGGAGAUAUACUGGAGUUAGAUGACCUUCGUCUCAGUGCACUUGUACUAACUAAGCAUCCUAAAAGUUCAGAGACGUUUGUUCACAGACGAUGGGUGUUAGGCCGGUUUAUUGAAAAUCAUUUACAGUCUAGUCAAGGAUCUACAAAGAGCACUGGUAGUUGUGUUGAUGGAUUUAUUAGCAUGGAAGCUAUUGAUUUAAAUCUCGAGGCAUCACAAAACCAGUUGUCAUUACAAAAUGGGGACGGUUCAUUGAAUGUUAGUGCUGUGUCAGACUACCACAGACAAAUGAAGGUUGAAAUAGAUGUUUGCCGCUGUGCUGCUGAAAAAUACCCAUGUAACUAUUAUGCCUGGUCUCAGAGAAUCUGGCUUAUACAACACUGUUAUAAUUGCUCUACUCAGGUUUUACUGUCAGAGCUCCAGGUCACAGAGUCUUGGGUAGAGAGGCAUAUAUCUGACACAUGUGGCUUCCAUUACCGCCAGUUCCUACUCACUACCCUGUUCGCUCAGCGUGAUCAGUUAAGGGACCAAUUUUCCAUGCAAUAUGUGGCGAUCAUGCAGAAAGAACACAAGUUUGUACAAGACCUGAUCUCAACAUACCCUGGUCAUGAAGCCAUGUGGAAUCAUAGGAAAUAUGUCUUCCAUUCACUGCAUAAUUUGUACUGCACUGAAUGUAGGAGAGAUGAAGGUGAAAAUGAAAGUAAUUUAAAGAAAACCAGACUGGAAAAUGAUCAUCACAUUCUAGAACAGAAAGAAAUAGACUGCGUCCAGCAAAAUGAACUCAAAUGUAAAGAUAUUCACCAAAAGAGAUUUGCACAAAAUUACAUAGACUGGAUACAAAAAACUGUGAUAAAAUGAGGACCAGUCCGAAAUUAUGCCUACAAAUAGCACACAAAGAGACUAGCAUAAAAUUAUUUUUGAGUAUUUAUUGGUCAUAAUAGCAAAUAAGAUAGAGUGAAUGAAUCUUUGCCAGAUUUAGUUGACAGCCUCAAGUGCAUCAUUUAAAAUAAUGAUUAAAAUUAAUAUUAUCUGUGUCAGGAAUAUUCAAUUAAUAACAAAUUCAGAAUUAGUUUCAUCUUUUGGCUUAUAAGCAGAAUUUUUACAUAGAAUGCUAGAUUCCAUGCAUGUUAACCAUUAGUCAUACUGUGUCUGAAAGGGAGGGGGAGAGAGGUGUCCUUCCUAACUCAUGCAUGUUAACAUACAUAGAUUGUAUGGAAUUUUUAUGAGAAAUUAAAGAAUAUAUAAGCAUAAUAGUUAAUACUAAGAUCCAAUCAUUGUCAGUUACCCACAGUAUAUAUUCCGUACAUACUACAUUAUCCACGGUAAAUAUUUCAUACAUACUACAUUCCUCACGGUAUAUAUUCCGUACAUACUACAUUAUCCACGGUAUAUAUUCUGUACAUACUACAAAAGAUGAUGUGGUAUGUACGGAUUAAAUAUCUAGGAUAACCAAUCAUGAUGUUGUACAUAUUAUGUACAGAAUAUAUACUGUAGGAUAUAUCUAACAAGUAUGUACAUAACAUAUACCAUGGGUUGCCCACGAUGAGAUCCAAUUGGCCUAACUCUUCGAUAAUUUAUUAACCCUUUCCCUACUGGAAUUGAAAGUGAUAAGCCUUUGCCACCAGUAUUAGAGCCAGGCUAGCCUGAAUAUCUGUGCAGUCUGACCAGGCUCUAUAC